ACUAGCUUUUGCUCGUAGCGUAUGUAAUUUCAGUUGCAGAUAUGGACAAAUUAUGAAUUCAAGUACAAAAAAGGAAUGCUGUCGUUGCUAUGUACUUAUCGUUUCGUUAUACAAUAUAAGCUUGCAUAAGUUAUACCUAUCUCUCAAGUAUAAUAUAAUGAAGUUUAGUGCGUGAGAAAAAUUGUUGUACAUAAAUAAUACAUAAAUUUUGCAUAAAUUUUUGAAAGUGAUAGUACAUCUAAUAAAAGUAAAAAACGCAGAUUAUACUACUUCGAAGAUAAAUUGUUUGAAAAGUGUUUGUUAGUAAUCAUAAAAAUUUUAUAUUUUUUGAUCCUAGUUAUAAACUAGCUAUAUAUAUAGCUAAGUUUAUUUAAACAGCCAUUAGUUCAAUAGAUUUUGAUCCGUUUGCUUCUUUUUUCAUUUAUUUUAAUGUAUCUUGAAAAUUUGCAUUGGUUUGACAUAAUAAAUGCCUAAUAUAAUAUUAGAUAAGAAUUAAUAAGAAGAAAUGAAGCAGUUUGUUGUUUCCGCUUAUAAAUUUAUUUUUUGUACGUUUAACUUCCGAUUCUAUUAAUUCUGCAACUUCAAGAGAUAUCGUGUCAAUCAAGAGGCAAUCAAGAGUCAAUCAAGAGUAUUGUACGUGGAUACUUUUCUAUAACAAGUUUCUUAUUUAUUUUUGUAUUCAAUAAAUAUAAAUUAUAUUGUUAAUAAGUUUAAAAGAAAGCCUUGGUAUAAAAAUUUUGUUAUAUUCUGUCGAACGUAAUAUUUAGUGCAAUUAAUUAUAUAUGGAAAAAGUGAAAGUAAUUGUUAAAAAAUGAUAAUUCUGUCUGUAUAUUAUCAUUCUUUUAAAAGUAAUAUAAAUCUCAAUCGCGUUCAAGAUCUUUCGAAAUAAAAUGCGAAAAACUCGAUAUCAACCACGAGAUAUAUUUAUCUAAUCGAAAAAUAGAAAAGAAUCGUUUUACAUUUCAUCCAAUCGAAAACUUAUAUUCUCCCAUAUAAAAAUUUAGAUCGAUAUUUGUUCAAUACGAUUCAUUUUAAAUCGAUAAUAUCACGAGAUAUCUAAUCGAAAAGUGGUCAAGAACCAUUCUAUAUUCCAUCUUAUCGAAAGAUUUAAUAUUGUUUGUUAUAAAAAUUUAAAUCUAUGUAUAUUCGGGACAAUUAAUUUUGAAUCGGUAAUAUUGCGAGAUUUAUUUAUCUAAUCAAAAGUUGUAAAGAAUCGUUUCACAUUUCAUCUUAUCGAAAGGUUUUAUGUUUUCUUUUAUAUAAAUUUAAAUCAGUAUGUGGUCAAUGCAGUUGAUGAAUUGAUAGUAUUGCGAGAUAUAUUUAUCGAAAGAUUUUAUUCUUGUCGAUUUUAAAUCGAUAAUACUGUGAACUCUAUUUCUUAUAUCUAUACAUUUAAUUACGUCUUUGUAUUUCGCGUUUAAUUAUUACGAAUAAAACUCAUAUAAAUUUCAUUUUCAAAUAUCUUUAAUAACUCCAUAUCUUAACUCGAUAUACUCUGUAACCAGAUGUAUUUCGUAACUUUUGUUGCAUUACUUAUAUCGAAAAUGAUAUCGCAAAUAUUAAUUACUUUCUGUAAUGUUAUGAAAGUAAAAAACAUGAGAUAUAUUUAAGUGUGUUUCUCUCCAUAUGCACCUUUACCUCAUUUACAUUAGUGCAGUCUCCGUGCUUUCUACCAUUGCCACUUUCUAUUCGUUUCGUGAUUUUAAAUAACCUUAAUAAAAUAACUUCGGUAGAACUUGAUUUUAUAAGAAACUAAAGAUAUAAGAAAAGAAAAAAUAUAUAUAGGUAUGUAUAUUACUUAGGAAAUAUAAUGAAUUUAAUUUAACUUAACUUUAAAAUAGUAAGAGGAAAUGAAAAAUUCUCGAUUCUAAUCUAAAUAAAUAUUCUUUUUUCGUAACGCGUGACAUACAUUCUUAAGUACUCAUUUCAAUUUCGUGCAUCUUGUUAUAAUGUACUUGUAGUGGCUUAAAAGGUCGUUUUGUUUGUUAUUACAGGCACGCAACAAACUCUCAUUCGACGUUUACCAAUGUUGAAAUAUUAAAUUACAAUUAUUCCGUAUUUAAUGCGUAUUACGUGCUAUGAAAUGUUUAAGCGAAUGUGCUAUCGUUUAAAUAAUAGUUUGUUAUAAUUCGUGUAUGUCAUAAAUUGUUUGAAUAAUUAUGAAAUAAUCCCGUUAUAUAAUUUAAGUAUCUUCGUCUGGUAAGAAGCUUCGAUGCUUACUCCUCGAAAUACGAAAGAAAACUAAUUCGAUAACCUUAAAAGUAAGACGAAAAAAUCGUUUUGUUUAUUGUUAUAGCCACACAACAAACUCUCGUUCGACGUUUACCUAUGUUAAGAUAUUAAAUUACAAUUCUUCCGUAUUUAAUGCGUAUUACGUGCUAUGAAAUGGUUAAGCGAAUGAGCUAUCGUGUAAAUAAUAGUUUGUUAUAAUUCGUGUAUAUUAUAAAUUGUUUCAAUAAUUAUGAAAGAAUCCCAUUAUAUAAUUUAAGUAUCUUCGUCUGGUAAGGAGCUUCGAUGCUUACUCCUCGAAAUACGAAAGAAAACUAAUUCGAUAACCUUAAAAGUAAGACGAAAAAAUCGUUUUGUUUAUUGUUAUAGCCACACAACAAACUCUCGUUCGACGUUUACCUAUGUUAAGAUAUUAAAUUACAAUUCUUCCGUAUUUAAUGCGUAUUACGUGCUAUGAAAUGGUUAAGCGAAUGUGCUAUCGUUUAAAUAAUAGUUUGUUAUAAUUCGUGUAUAUUAUAAAUUGUUUGAAUAAUUAUGAAAUAAUCCCGUUUAAAUAAUUUAAGUAUCUUCGUUUAGUAAGGAGCUUCGAUGCUUACUCCUCGAAAUGCGAAAGGAAACUGAUUUGAUAACUUUCAAAGUUAGACAAAAGGUUGUGUUGUUUAUUAUUAUAGGAACACAACGAACUCUCGUUCGAUAUUUACAUCUUCGAUCUUGUAUUAUAUAUGUAUAUAUAGGUUUAUAUUACAAACUCACAAUUGUUGCUAUAACCAGUGAUGUAAAUAAUAACAAGCGUCCGGGAGACUUUAAUAGUAAUCGAUGAGUCAGUCUUCUACCAGAUUCCGACUUGUAAACGUGACAGCUUUCUUCUUUCGUACAGGUCACAGGUUCAAAUGCAACUGUCAGAAGAGCGGGAUUCAGUAAAUUUGUUUAGUUGGACCGUAAUACUCAGUUUCUUCUUUAUUGGUUUUAUUUAAAAUAGUUCUGCAUAAUUUGUUAAAAUGUCUCAUAAUGUCUCCAAAUCUAGUCCACAUGGAUUUUGCGAUGCAAUAUUUUCUAUGUCACCAAUAAAAUUCGACAAAGAAAACAAGUCUCCAGCAAAAGAAGUAUCAAGAGCAUCACACCGUAAUAUAUUUGCUGAAUCACCUACAAUAAAAAACCAAAAUAAAACAAAACAAUUAUUAUAUAAGAAACAUAAGUUAUAUACAAGAAAUGAGAUUUCUCAAUUUCUUGAUCCAUUAAAGAGAUCAUCUAAUGUUGAUGAUAAACAUUCUAGAUCUACAAAUACAUUACAAAACAAUGAUUCUUUCAUAUCCGGUAAUAUAGUGAAAACUCCAUUAAAAACAGAAUCAGUAUCCAGAUUAUCUGAUAAUAAAGCUGUUUCUGGAUAUUUAUAUACACCAAAGCAGCAUAGAACAUGUUUAACUCCACGUAAUACAAAGAUGAAUAUAUUAUCUACUUCUAAGACUCCUACAAAAAGAUAUUUCAGUGAUCACAAUCUAUCACAAGCGACCCCUGAUUGUUUUAGUAAAGUACAUCUUGAAACACCUAGUAUUAAAUUUAAUGAUGUUGGUAUAGAUGAAGCUAUUGAAGGUGAAAAUAGUAAUUUGACAGUGGGUAUACGUGUAAGACCUUUGAAUUUAAAAGAAUUAAGUGAGAUAAAAAUUGCUUCAGUUAUAAAUAUUGAUGGUCAAAACAUUAGUGUAGAUUGUGAAACAUCACUACAUAGAUUUACAUAUGAUCAUUGUUUUGCUUCUUACUCUGAUUCGUCAAUGCCUAAACAUGCUAGUCAAGAAGUUAUUUUUAAUACUAUGGUACUACCAUUAGUGCAAAAUGCAUUCGAAGGUUACAACGUAUGCCUGUUUGCAUAUGGUCAAACAGGAUCUGGUAAAAGUUAUAGCAUGAUGGGUAUUGAAUCUUCUCAAGAAAAUUCUGUAGGUCUUGAUAAAGAGGCUGGUAUCAUACCACGAUUUUGCCAAGAAAUAUUUACACAAAUACCCAGUAAUAAAAAUUUUAAGACAACAGUAGAGAUAAGUUAUUUUGAAAUUUACAACGAGAAAAUACAUGAUCUUCUAGCAAGUGCUAGCAAUGGAGAUAAAAGGACAGCUCUUAAAGUUAGAGAGCAUCCAGUUUUUGGACCUUAUAUUGUAGAUUUAAGUCAGCAUUGUAUAAAAAAUUAUAAAGACUUACAGAUUUGGUUGAAAGUAGGUAAUUCUCAGAGAGCAACAGCAGCAACUGGUAUGAAUGAAAAAAGUUCACGAUCGCAUAGUAUUUUCAGUAUUAUAUUAACUCAAACACAAUUGAAUGAUUUGAAAUGUGCAUCCACUGAUGCAAGUCGUCGUAGUAAAAUAAAUUUAGUUGACCUAGCAGGUAGUGAAAGAUUAAGUCAAACCUGUGCCAGUGGAAAUAGGUUAAGGGAAGGUGUAUCUAUUAAUAAAUCUCUUCUUACCUUGGGGAAGGUGAUCGCAUCACUUGCAGAAAACACAAACAAUCGCAAACGAGGUUUUGUUCCAUAUCGUGAAUCUGUUCUAACGUGGCUACUAAAAGAAAGUCUGGGUGGAAAUUCUCGAACGGCAAUGUUAGGUACAGUUUCACCAGCUAACAUCCAUCUCGAAGAAACCUUAGCAACCCUUCGAUAUGCAUGCCAAGCACGAGCUAUCGUUAAUCGCAUUCGAAUUAAUGAAGAUCCACAUGACAGAUUAAUUCGCGAAUUGAAGGCGGAAGUCUUACGAUUACGAGGAGUUCGUGAAGGAUAUGAAAGACAACUUGGAGUUUGUCCACGUAAGCUGGUUGAUAGCAUAGAAUCAAACGUAAAAGACAGUGAGGAGAUUGAACGAAAGCAAGAAGAAAUUAACAGGUUAAAAGAACAAUUGAAAAAAACAGAGGAACAACUUGCUGCCACUCAAAAGAGCAGCUUGGAAAAAUUACAGGAAACCGAAGAAAGAAAGAAUUCCGAGCUAAAAUAUUUACGACGUUGUGGAAUAGCAGUUGAAAUUGAUUUACGUGAGAAGGAUAAACAACCAUGUUUGAUAAAUCUCACUGCUGAUCCUAUGUUAUCUGGUACACUGUUGUAUUUAAUUCCACCUGGUUUGGUACGCAUUGGAAAACAUUCAGAGAACUCAGAAACCUUUAAAAAAGUACCAUUGGAUAUCGUUUUGGAUGGGCCACUCGUUAGAAAAUUGCACUGUACUAUAGAAAAUAAGAAUGGUAAGCUUAUGUUGUUGCCAGAAAUGGAUGGUGAUACCUUUGUGAAUGGUCAGGUGGUGAGUGGCAAAGUACAUCUGAAACAUGGCGAUCGACUUGUCAUAGGUGGCAAUCAUUACUUCAAAGUUUCAAAUCCACAUGAUGAGACUGGAAACAUACAAAUUUCUUCGCAAGCUAUAGAUUUCGAAUUUGCACAUCAAGAAAUACUUAAGAUACAGGAAGAAAAAUUAAGAGCAGAACUCGAGGAAUCCAAACAGAAAGCCAUAAAGGAAUUAGAAAAUGCAAAACGAGAAGUUGAGCUACAACUUGGCUCCCAAAAAUCUACUUAUGAACGUAAAAUCGAGGUUCUUGGUAGUACGUUGGAAGAACAAAAAUUAGCAUUGGAAGAAAUAAAUCGUCGUAAACAGGAACUCGAAUUAGAAAAGGAGAUACUCACUAGUGAAAUAGAAACGAAUAAUAGAAUCAAAAAGAUUCAACAAGUGGAAACUAAACCAAACGUGUCACCGUACAAGUCAAAUUUUCUUCAAGAAUUAGAAAGUAUAUUGAACGAAACAACUGCAGAUUUUGAAAGUGCCCUCAAAAUCAAAACCAGCGCUGAAACUAUAAAAGCUGGUGGUAUUAGUUUACACGAGAUGCAAAUACUCGUUAGAGAAGCAACUGAACGAUGUAGAGAAGUUGGCAUAAAUUAUGAAUUCAAUCAACAGCAGACUCUAAUUGAUAAGAAUCUGAAACCUGUGAUUCGUGUUCGAGAUAAAGAUCGUAAAAGGGAAACAUUGUGGGAACCAAUGCGAUUUUUAGAUUGGGUUCAUCAAUUGCGUGAUUAUGAUAUAGAAAAUUCGUUGAAAGAGUUACAAAAUUCAGAAAAUGAUUGGAUACCUUUCGAAGAUACCGAAACGUUCGAUGAUUCUUUAAAUAAUAGUAGAAUUUCUAUAAAUUUAACACCUGUGAAGAAACAUUUGAAUGAAAGUUUUCAACAGUUAUCUAUAGAUACGUCGAUGCACGAUUCAACGACGCAAGAAGAAAUAUCCGAAUCUCAACAGCGCAAAAACGUAAGUAUUUAUCUCAUGCAAAUUGAACGCGCGACACAAUCUUUGAGUAAACUAUGUCAACAAUGUGAAAGUCCUGAGAUCAACAACACAAUUAGCGAUUCUUUAGAUAGAGUACAAAAUAUUAUUGUUGAUAUAAGAAGUAUGUUGCUCGUUAAAAAUUUAAAGGAUAGUAAGAAUGAGAGUGUAAUUCGUGCAAAUAGCUCUGGUACAACAACUUCGACACCUUCUUCUUUAUCUGAUUAUAUGACAGGAGAAGCAGAUGAUAGUUCUGACAGCAAAGGCAGUAUACCUUUCAACUUAAAAUCUGUAGAACCUUUGGUUUCAUUGUCUAAGGCAACAUCUGAUGAAGAUUUACAAAGAAUGGUAGAGAAAUGUAAACAGAUGGUGUUAGAAAGUGCAGAAUGUUCAGACGAAAGAAAAUGGCUUGUAAGGCGUUUAAUUGAAUUACGUUUACGAGUUCAAGAGUUGCGAGAAACAUCAGAUCAGAAUCUUCUUGAAACUCAUGUAAUUCUUGGUCAUCAUUUGGUUCCUCAGAAGUAUCAUAUAACUUCUUCUGGACCGGUAUAUUGCGAUCAUUGUAGUGGCACCAUUUGGAUGAUGCUGCAGUCUUGGUAUAUGUGUAGUGAUUGUAGGUUCUGUGUUCAUUGGAAAUGUUUAAAUAAUAUAUGUCGUGUGUGUGUACAUGUCAUUGCUAGCGAAGCUGGUGGUUAUACUUAUACUAAAGAUAUUUGUCCAGAAAGAGGAUUAUCUAGUCAAGGAUAUCGCUGUGCAGAGUGCAAGAUACGAAUAACGUUUACAUUCCCAAAAGGAUUGUCAUUAUCUUGUUUUGGUAGCCCUUUUAAAAGUUCAGAAUCAGCAUGGGUAGAGCCAAGACUAUGUGACUACAGUGGUUUAUAUUACUGUCAGAGAUGUCAUUGGAAUACAACUAUGGUAAUACCUGCAAGAGUUAUUAGAAAUUGGGAUAUGGAACCAAGGCUUGUUUGUCGUGCUGCAGCUCAAUUAUUGGCACUCCUUGAAGAUCGUCCAUUUUUACUACUAGAAGAAUUAAAUCCAAAGUUGUUUACAUUAGUCCCAGAUUUGUCCUUAGUAAAAAGAAUGAGAGAGGAAAUACAGAUGAUGAAGCGUUAUUUGGUAAUAUGCCCAGAAGCUAAUACACAAGGAUUGCCAUGGAAAGUUGGAUUGCGUACACAUAUAAUUGAAAAUCAUGGAAAUUAUUCGAUAAAAGAUCUCAUUGAUCUACAAAGUGGUGCUUUACUUGAAGAAAUUCGUAUUGCUUAUGAUAUUAUGCAUGUUCAUAUUACUGAACAAUGUGAAUUAUGUAAAGCUAGAGGUCAUUUGUGUGAAGUGUGUGGGAAUAAUGAAGUUAUAUAUCCCUGGGAUGCCUGUGCAAUUAGUUGCCAACAAUGUCUAGCUGUGUAUCAUCGUGCCUGUUGGUCUAAACGAAAUCAUUCUUGUUCACGAUGUGUACGGCUUGAAAAACGUCGAGCUUUAGAAGAAGGAGAACCUUCAAAUAUUAAGAACCUUUCUAAAAAUGAAUCACCUGAACAUCAUACAGUUAAAAAUUCGCUCGAGUGAAUAAAUGUUAUUUGAAAAAAUUUAUGAAUAAUUUUCGUAUAUUUGUUAUGUUGGAGAAAACGAAAAAAAAAAGAAGAAGAAAAGAGUUAUGUGUGUAGUCACCAUUCAUUGUAAGUUGCAACAUAAUUAUAAGAUGUUACAAUUUGUGAUAUAUAAUUUUAAAUGACUGUUUCGUAAUUGUGAAUAUAAUAAAUUAUACCUUGUUAAUAUAUAUAUUUUUAUAUUUUAGUCUAUAUAAGUGCAAUUUGAUUAAAUGUUAAUCAGUAUUUAUUGAAAUAAAUUGUGAUGAUAUGGUAGACGAGAUAUACAGAAA